AUCAAACCUGACAUGUUACCUCCACCACCAAAAUUUAUUAUUAUCCCAAACUUUUUUCAUUUUCAUUAUCACAGAAUCCUUAAACAAAAAUAAAACAAAUAAAAUACAUAGUAUAGUAUUAAUUAAUUUUGAUAAGAAAAAUAAUUAAAGAAGAUCGUUGGUAGGUAGUUGAACUAACUCCAAUGGUAGCAUGUAUCGACAUGGCAUUCUCCGUAGUUCAUUCAACUUAUUCUUAUCCAUGUUUGUUUUCCAACUCUUCUUCAUUCUUCACCAACAAUAGAUUCCUGGGCUUGGGCCUGGGCUUUGAGUAUCAAAGGAAAGGAAGAAGGAUACUAAGGAGGCAUGUCAAGUUUGUUAUCAGUGCACAGCUUUCCAAGUCAUUUUCAUUCACCUUCGGACUUGAUUCUCCGAAUUUGAAUUCCUUCCAAUCCCAUGAUCUAUCAAAAUUGUCCUGGAGGGGACCAGUUCCGGGUGAUAUUGCUGAAGUCGAGGCAUAUUGUAGGAUCUUUAGGAACUCCGAAAGGCUUCAUUCUGCAUUAAUGGAUGCAUUAUGCAAUCCGUUGACUGGGGAAUGCAGCGUCUCGUAUGAGGUUUCAUCAGAUGAGAAACCUCAACUUGAAGAUAAAAUAGUUUCUGUUCUUGGAUGCAUGGUAUCCCUUGUGAACAAAGGCAGGGACGAUGUUCUUACCGGAAGGUCCUCAAUUAUAAACCCCUUUCAUGACGGAGAGAUUAGCGAGAUCGAGGAUAAGCUCCCUCCACUUGCCGUUUUCAGAAGCGAGAUGAAAAGGUGUUCUGAGAGUUUGCAUGUUGCCCUGCAGAAUUAUUUAACACCAGAUGAUGAUCGGAGCUUAAAUGUAUGGAGGAAACUUCAGAAACUGAAGAAUGUCUGCUAUGAUUCUGGUUUUCCUCGUGGUGAGGGUUAUCCCUGCCCUACACUAUUUGCUAAUUGGUGUCCUGUAUAUUUUUCUUCUUCUAAAGAAGACACGGAAUCUGAAGAAUUAGAAACGGCUUUUUGGACUGGUGGUCAGGUAACAGAAGAAGGACUAACGUGGUUACUAGAUAAAGGAUACAAAACAAUUAUAGAUAUCAGAGCCGAGACUGUAAGAGAUAAUUUCUAUCAAGUGGCCGUGAACGAUGCUAUUUCAUCUGGCAAAAUUGAUUUAGUAAAAAUCCCAGUUGAGGUUAUGACUGCACCAACAAUGGAACAGGUUGCGAGGUUUGCAUCUUAUGUUUCAGAUAGCAGCAAAAGGCCUAUCUAUCUUCAUAGCAAGGAAGGAGUUUGGAGAUCAUCUGCCAUGGUGUCCAGAUGGAGGCAGUACAUGACUCGCUCUUCGUCACAAAAUGUUUCUAGUCCACCAAUUACCCCCUCUAACAGGUUAUCACAUUCUACAAAUAGCUCCGCAAAACUGCUGGAUUCUUCAGCGACUGCAGAAAGAUCCUCCCUCGACAAGGAUGUUACUUCAUUGCAAGACAGUUUCGAUGCAACAUGUAGUUCUGUAACAUCUGACAGAAGUGUCUCUGAAAAGGGGUAUGAUGAGAAUACACAAGGUAAUGGAGCCGUAAAUGGAAUUUCUCCUGACAAGGAAGGAUCUUUCCCAAGUUUUUCCAGCAAGAUUAACCCUUUAAAAGCUCAAGUUCCUCCUCCUGAUAUCUUUUCCAAAAAAGUGAUGUCCAAGUUUUUGGGUAGCAGGAAGAUUUCACCUCCCGAUUAUGUCAAUUAUCAAAUCAAAAGGGCAAAAUUCUUACCGCAGUUUAAGGACAUGGCUAUUGGAAGACGUGAAAGAGAUGUGGUUGUUUCCAAUGGUACUAUUGUGGGCACUGAUAGUUUAAAUGGAUCAGCUCAUGUUGAUCAUCCAUCUGGAGAGCCCGAAAUUACGGUCGAUGACAAUCAAAAGUCGGUGAAUGGGAAUACAUCUAGUUCUAGUAGGAAAACAGUAAACAACUUAAGUCAAGGGGAAUUACAUUACAUGGCUAAUGCCGACGUCUCCGCUGUUGCGAAUAAUAAUAAUAAUAAUAAUAAUAAUGUAUCAACUAAAUCUCCAAGGGUUGAAAAUGGAAAGGUCAAGGCUGGGUUAGCUUUACGCGAUGAAGAGUUGGGAUCCCUUGAAGGCGAUAUGUGUGCGUCGUCAACGGGAGUUGUAAGGGUGCAGUCAAGAAAGAAAGCCGAGAUGUUCUUGGUUCGGACAGAUGGAUUUUCUUGUACUAGAGAAAAGGUCACGGAAUCUUCUUUGGCUUUCACUCAUCCUAGCACUCAGCAACAGAUGCUUAUGUGGAAGUCUACACCAAAGAAUGUGCUGUUGUUAAAAAAGCUUGGGGAUGAACUAUUGGAAGAAGCAAAAAUGGUUGCUACUUUUCUACAUCACCAAGAGAAAAUGAAUGUUAUUGUGGAACCUGAUGUGCAUGAUGUACUUGCUAGAAUUCCAGGUUUUGGAUUUGUGCAGACCUUUUAUAGCCAUGAUACAAGUGAUCUACACGAGAAAGUAGAUUUUGUGGCUUGCUUGGGGGGAGACGGUGUUAUACUGCAUGCAUCAAAUCUAUUCAGAGAUGCUGUUCCCCCAAUUGUAUCAUUUAACCUUGGUUCCCUUGGUUUUCUGACUUCUCAUAGUUUUGACGACUACAGGCAAGACUUAAGACAAGUCAUUCACGGAAAUACUUCACGAGAUGGUGUCUACAUUACUCUUAGGAUGCGUCUCCGAUGUGAAAUUUUUCGUAAAGGUAAAGCAAUUCCAGGGAAAGUAUUUGAUAUCCUCAAUGAGGUGGUUGUUGAUCGGGGUUCUAAUCCAUACCUUUCAAAGAUUGAAUGCUAUGAACACGAACACCUUAUAACCAAAGUACAAGGUGAUGGAGUCAUCGUUGGCACUCCUACGGGAAGUACUGCAUAUUCUACGGCGGCUGGAGGUUCCAUGGUCCAUCCAAACGUUCCGUGCAUAUUGUUUACCCCAAUCUGUCCACAUUCACUGUCAUUUAGACCAGUCAUACUUCCAGAUUCUGCUCGAUUAGAAUUAAAGAUUCCAGAAGAUGCUAGAAGUAAUGCGUGGGUCUCGUUCGAUGGAAAAAGAAGACAACAGCUCUCAAGAGGAGACUCAGUCCGGAUACAUAUGAGUGAGCAUCCCCUUCCAACUGUUAACAAGUUUGACCAAACGGGUGAUUGGUUCCGCAGCUUGAUUCGCUGCCUAAAUUGGAACGAGAGGCUUGAUCAAAAGGCUUUAUAAUCCUUCUGAAAAUGAAGAACAAGACUUGUAUAAGUAUAAUUACUGUAUAGAUUACUGAACUAAGAGCAGAUAAUACUAGCAUUAUAUUGCAUUGGCUUCCAUUGUAAAGAUAGGGUUUGCCAAUGGUUUUCCAACAUGUUAUAAUGGAAAUAUUCAGUUGUAUAUACAAAUUUUUUAAGAAAGUAAUAAAUUGUUGAUAUUAGAAGCA